AUGACGCUAGGGCGUGCGCUCGGUGGCUCGUAGGGGAAGAUGGCGGCUGCUGCUUUGGAGGAGAGGGAUUGAGAGGGGCGGAGGGAAGAGGCCGGGCGGGAGAGACGUUCCCGACAGUGAAGACGAACCCUUCGUUCACCGUUCAUUAGGAGCUCUGCUCAGCGCCGGAGGUGUCCUAGAACGAAUACAUCACCAUGGCUACAGAAAUUGGUUCUCCUCCUCGUUUUUUCCAUAUGCCAAGGUUCCAGCACCAAGCACCUCGACAGCUAUUUUAUAAGCGACCUGAUUUUGCACAGCAGCAAGCAAUGCAACAGCUUACCUUUGAUGGAAAACGGAUGAGAAAAGCAGUAAAUCGAAAAACCAUAGACUAUAAUCCAUCUGUAAUUAAGUAUUUGGAGAAUAGAAUAUGGCAAAGAGACCAGAGAGAUAUGCGGGCAAUUCAGCCUGAUGCAGGUUAUUAUAAUGAUCUGGUCCCACCUAUAGGAAUGUUGAAUAAUCCUAUGAAUGCAGUAACAACAAAAUUUGUUCGAACAUCAACAAAUAAAGUAAAGUGUCCAGUAUUUGUUGUUAGGUGGACUCCAGAAGGAAGACGGUUGGUCACUGGAGCUUCUAGUGGAGAGUUCACCUUGUGGAAUGGACUCACCUUCAAUUUUGAAACAAUAUUACAGGCUCAUGAUAGCCCAGUGAGGGCCAUGACUUGGUCACAUAAUGACAUGUGGAUGUUGACAGCAGACCAUGGAGGAUAUGUGAAAUAUUGGCAGUCGAACAUGAACAACGUCAAGAUGUUCCAGGCACAUAAGGAGGCGAUUAGAGAGGCCAGUUUCUCACCCACGGAUAAUAAAUUUGCCACAUGCUCUGAUGACGGCACUGUUAGAAUCUGGGACUUUCUUCGUUGCCAUGAGGAAAGAAUUCUCCGAGAACUCCUCCACCCAGGAUUCUGUGCUCUGUUGUGGCUUGGAACAUGCUUCUUGAAAACACUGUUUAGAGGGCAUGGUGCAGAUGUGAAAUGUGUAGACUGGCAUCCAACAAAAGGGUUAGUUGUUUCAGGAAGUAAAGAUAGUCAACAGCCAAUCAAGUUCUGGGAUCCCAAGACUGGGCAGAGUCUUGCAACACUUCAUGCCCAUAAAAACACUGUGAUGGAAGUGAAAUUAAACCUCAAUGGCAAUUGGCUGCUCACUGCAUCACGUGACCACCUCUGUAAACUUUUCGAUAUCCGAAACCUGAAAGAAGAGCUGCAAGUCUUCCGAGGUCAUAAGAAAGAAGCCACAGCUGUGGCCUGGCAUCCUGUUCACGAAGGACUUUUUGCCAGUGGAGGGUCCGAUGGCUCUUUGCUAUUCUGGCAUGUUGGGGUAGAGAAAGAAGUGGGUGGGAUGGAGAUGGCCCAUGAAGGAAUGAUCUGGAGUCUGGCUUGGCAUCCUCUUGGACAUAUACUCUGCUCAGGUUCAAAUGACCAUACUAGCAAAUUCUGGACCCGAAAUCGACCAGGUGAUAAAAUGCGAGAUCGAUAUAAUCUCAAUCUGUUGCCUGGAAUGUCUGAAGAUGGAGUAGAAUAUGAUGACCUUGAACCUAAUAGCCUGGCAGUAAUUCCAGGAAUGGGAAUACCAGAACAACUAAAAUUAGCUAUGGAACAAGAGCAGAUGGGAAAAGAUGAGUCAAAUGAAAUUGAAAUGACAAUUCCAGGUUUAGACUGGGGAAUGGAAGAGGUGAUGCAAAAGGAUCAGAAAAAAGUUCCUCAGAAGAAAGUUCCUUAUGCCAAACCUAUUCCUGCUCAGUUCCAGCAGGCUUGGAUGCAAAAUAAAGUUCCAAUUCCUGCCCCAAAUGAGGUACUGAAUGACAGAAAAGAGGACAUUAAAUUGGAAGAGAAGAAGAAAACACAAGCAGAAAUUGAACAAGAAAUGGCCACAUUACAAUAUACUAACCCACAGCUUCUGGAGCAACUUAAAAUUGAAAGACUUGCACAGAAACAGGCUGAGCAGAUUCAGCCUCCUCCUUCAUCUGGCACCCCUCUCCUUGGACCCCAGCCCUUUCCAGGACAAGGUCCAAUGUCUCAGAUUCCUCAAGGUUUUCAGCAGCCCCAUCCAUCUCAGCAGAUGCCAAUGAACAUGGCUCAGAUGGGGCCUCCGGGUCCACAGGGACAGUUUAGACCCCCUGGACCCCAGGGACAAAUGGGACCACAAGGUCCUCCACUGCAUCAGGGGGGUGGGGGGCCACAAGGAUUCAUGGGACCACAAGGGCCCCAGGGCCCACCCCAGGGGUUGCCAAGGCCUCAGGACAUGCAUGGGCCCCAAGGAAUGCAGAGGCAUCCUGGACCUCAUGGCCCUUUGGGACCUCAAGGACCACCUGGACCACAGGGUAGUUCUGGUCCUCAAGGUCAUAUGGGUCCUCAGGGUCCACCUGGCCCACAAGGUCACAUAGGCCCUCAAGGCCCACCUGGUCCCCAGGGUCACUUGGGCCCUCAGGGGCCUCCUGGUACUCAAGGUAUGCAGGGACCACCUGGUCCCAGAGGAAUGCAAGGACCUCCUCAUCCUCAUGGGAUACAAGGUGGGCCAGGGUCUCAAGGGAUCCAAGGUCCUGUGUCUCAGGGACCUCUGAUGGGAUUGAAUCCAAGAGGAAUGCAGGGUCCUCCAGGCCCCCGAGAAAAUCAGGGUCCUGCUCCCCAAGGGAUGAUGAUGGGCCAUCCGCCUCAAGAGAUGAGAGGACCUCACCCACCAAGUGGACUGCUGGGACAUGGCCCUCAGGAGAUGCGAGGCCCUCAGGAGAUGCGAGGCAUGCAAGGGCCUCCAGCCCAAGGGUCCAUGCUGGGCCCCCCCCAGGAAUUGCGAGGGCCUCCAGGCUCACAAGGUCAGCAGGGGCCGCCCCAGGGCUCUUUGGGGCCUCCACCCCAGGGUGGCAUGCAAGGGCCCCCUGGACCUCAGGGACAGCAGAACCCGGCAAGAGGGCCACAUCCAUCUCAAGGGCCAAUACCAUUCCAGCAGCAGAAAACAGCUCUGCUAGGUGAUGGGCCCCGGGCCCCCUUCAAUCAGGAAGGACAGAACGCAGGCCCCCCACCCCUGAUACCAGGCCUAGGGCAGCAGGGAGCACAAGGUCGCAUCCCCCCUCUUAACCCUGGACAAGGACCUGGCCCGAACAAAGGUGACUCGCGCGGCCCUCCAAACCAUCACAUGGGCCCCAUGUCAGAGAGGCGGCAUGAGCAGAGCAGCGGUCCUGAGCAUGGGCCUGAGAGGGGGCCUUUCCGGGGCAGCCAGGACUGCAGGGGUCCCCCUGAUAGGCGUGGCCCUCACCCCGACUUCCCUGAUGACUUCAGCAGACCAGAUGACUUCCACCCGGACAAGCGCUUUGGCCACCGAUUACGUGAAUUUGAGGGGCGAGGAGGACCUUUACCACAAGAAGAGAAGUGGAGGCGUGGGGGCCCUGGGCCUCCGUUUCCACCUGAUCACAGGGAAUUCAACGACGGGGAUGGCCGAGGAGCAGCCCGGGGCCCUCCAGGGGCUUGGGAAGGCCGCAGACCUGGAGAUGAACGAUUCCCCCGAGAUCCUGAGGACCCACGUUUUCGAGGGCGCAGAGAAGAAAGCUUUAGGAGAGGAGUACCACCAAGACAUGAGGGCCGUGCCCCUCCACGAGGAAGGGAUGGCUUUCCUGGUCCUGAAGACUUUGGUCCAGAGGAGAAUUUUGAUCCUUCUGAUGAAGCAGCCCGAGGAAGAGAUCUCAGAGGUCGAGGUCGGGGUACUCCACGAGGAGGAAGGAAAGGUUUACUUCCCACUCCUGAUGAGUUCCCUCGCUUUGAAGGAGGACGGAAACCAGAUUCCUGGGAUGGAAAUAGAGAGCCAGGGCCAGGUCAUGAACAUUUCCGUGAUGCUCCUCGCCCUGAUCAUCCCCCUCAUGAUGGUCAUUCCCCAGCUAGUAGAGAACGUUCCUCUUCUCUCCAGGGCAUGGACAUGGCAUCCUUGCCACCACGAAAGCGUCCCUGGCAUGAUGGGCCAGGGACCUCAGAGCACAGAGAAUUGGAAGCCCCAGGGGGUCCUUCUGAGGAUCGAGGAGGCAAAGGCCGAGGGGGCCCAGGGCCUUCCCAGAGAGUGCCAAAAUCCGGGCGUUCCAGUUCCUUGGAUGGGGAUCACCAUGACGGCUACCACAGAGAUGAACCUUUUGGGGGCCCUCCAGGCAGCGGUACUCCUUCCAGAGGGGGCCGGAGUGGCAGUAACUGGGGUAGAGGGAGUACCAUGAACUCUGGCCCACCGAGGCGAGGAGCUUCAAGGGGUGGUGGGAGGGGUCGGUAGAAGCUGAUGACUCUGAGGCCUCUCCGGACAGUAUUUAAGAACUUCUUGUGGACUUACCAAGACAAAGGAAGCCCGCACCACAUAGCCCUCAACUUCUGGGGAAGCUGAAUCCCAGGAGUCCCUAAUGAGGUCUUCAAGAUGAAGAGACUGCUGCUGGCUGCCCAAAGUAGCUGGCCUUGUUCUGUCCUGUCCACCCUCACUGCCCUAACUCCCAUUGUUUUGUGAAGAUAAAAGCUGGAAUCUUUUUUUUUUUUAAGUGUCACAAGACAUGGAGCACCUCCACAAAUUUAAGUUCAUGUCCAAUUGGAAAUCUGUUUCUAUAUGUACAGUUUGUCAGAGAAAAAAACAUUAAGUUUUUGUAUGAAUACAGAAUGUGAUUUAUGCAAGAAUUAACAGAAAA